CCCCUUCGCUGUGUGUGACCAUCUCCCGGAGCAGCAGCUACAGCUUCAUGGAGGAGACGGCUCUAAACUCUCGCUCCUCGGUCUCCCAACUGACGCGCAUAUAGAGUUCCUCAGCGGCAGGUGUCGCUGCUAGGAGCGGGUAUCGUCCGGCGUUUCGGAUUCUGGUCCGGUCUGGCUUUCACAGAAUCCCCACAAUUAGAAGCAACCAGCAGCGACUAUUCCCUUUCCAUUCCCUGCUGCACUCCCUAGCUGCGGACAUACACGGCCACGUACUUUGCCAGUUUAAUCUCCUUGUAAUACCGGCUAUGUCUUCAGGGAGAGGGGAGCUGCAGCUUUACUGAGGAAUGCAGAGUAGUGUGUGUGUGUAUGUGUAUCAUCAUCCUCUCCCACAGCACACACAGCCCCUCCUCCGUCCCACAUCAGUCCCUGGGCGCUGCACAGCUCUGCUACUUAGUACUUACCAAACAACAAUGUGCCCGACACGCUAGGCUCUGCACGGACCGGGCUCCUACUCUCCUCUCUGCCAGGUUACCUCAGUUGGAUUAAUAGGUCCGGAGAGAAGCUGCGCCUCCCGAGCCCAACACCCUGCAACUUCAUCGGUCUUUGCAUCGGAGCGUCCAGGUCCCGCUCUCCCUCCCUUCCUGCACAGCCGCUACCCAGAGCCUGUUACACGGAGUAACUUACAGCCCACACCAUGGCCUUUAUCAGCGAUGAAACGGCGCUGGAGCUGGAUGAGAUGUCAGAGGAUGGGGAGAUGAUAGUUUCUGAUGAAAUGGAGCAAACCAUAUAUCCAACAUAUGGGACUGUCCAAGAAAAUGCACCCAGAAUUCAUACUGCAGAAAUGGUAGAAUUUAAUCAAAACUCUGAAUCCUUAUACUUUAAUGAUGAUCAAAGGCGGAUUGAUUACAUAUUAGUAUAUGAAGAUGAGACGCUGAAGGAGCAAACCAAGAAUACAAAGAAAUUCUUCUAUCUUAAGCAACAGAAAAAGCGACAAGCCUAUGAGUCCAAUCUUAUGAGGAAUGGCUUACAGCUAGAGGCUACACGAUCUGUGGCUGAUGACAGACUCGUGUUUGUGAAGGUGCAUGCACCAUGGGAGGUGCUGUGUACAUAUGCAGAAGUGAUGCACAUCAAGCUGCCGUUACAACCCAAUGAUCUGAGGCAGAAGAAAUCCGCUUUUAAUUGGUUUAGAAAAAUCUUUAGCGUAAGUGAAGCUGUAAUUAAACCAGAACAAGAAUUCUUCACUGCACCUUUUGAAAAGGAUCGUAUGGAUGAGUUUUAUAUCCAGGACAGAGAAAUCUUUUUCACUCCCGCAACAAGAAGCCGAAUUGUGCACUUCAUUCUGUCCCGGGUUGAGUAUGCAGUUAAAGAUAAUGUGAAAAAAUUUGGCAUUAACAAACUCCUGGACUCGGGCAUUUACAAGGCAGCAUAUCCUCUUCAUGAUUGUAGGUUUAACGUUCCAGCGGAAGACCCCAGAUGUCCCAAUGAGAGAAAUCUGUUGUACAGAGAGUGGGUGCACCCCUGGAGUUUUUACAAGUUACAGCCUAUGGAUCUUAUAAGAAAAUACUAUGGUGAGAAAAUUGGAAUCUAUUUUGCUUGGCUUGGUUUCUACACUCGCAUGUUGCUACUGGCAGCUGUAGUGGGACUUGGAUGUUUCUUAUAUGGCUACAAGUCUCAGGAAUCCUGCACCUGGAGCAAAGAAGUCUGUGACCCUAGUAUUGGAGGAAACAUCAUUAUGUGUCCACAGUGUGACAAGGAGUGUACAUAUUGGUACCUUAAUAUCACAUGUGAAUCAUCAAAGAAACUUUGUAUUUUUGACAGUUUUGGAACACUUGUGUUUGCAGCCUUCAUGGGAAUAUGGGUUACUUUAUUCCUUGAAUUUUGGAAGCGCAGACAAGCUGAACUUGAAUACGAAUGGGACACUGUUGAGUUUUUAGAGCAAGAAGAACAGCCUCUUCCAGAAUAUGAAGCAAAAUGUACCCAUGUAGUUGUGAAUCCCAUUACUCAGCAAGAAGAACAUGUGCCUUACACCACCUGUGGAAAGUGCCUGAGGAUGGCUUUCUGUACAAGUGCAGUGCUCUUCUGGAUAAUGUUAAUAGUUGCAUCGGUAGUUGGGAUCAUUGUAUAUCGACUUUCUGUUUUCCUGGUAUUUUCUGCAACAUUGCCAAGGAAAAUUAAUGGAACGGAAGCAAUUCAGAAGUACUUGACUCCGCAGACUGCCACCACAGUCACUGCAUCCAUAAUAAGCUUCAUCAUUAUCAUGCUCCUAAACAUGCUGUAUGAAAGAGUAGCCAUAAUGAUCACAGACUUUGAGCUGCCAAGAACAAAGACAGAGUAUGAAAACAGCCUUACCACAAAGAUGUUCCUCUUCCAAUUUGUCAAUUAUUACUCUUCUUGUUUCUACAUCGCCUUCUUCAAGGGGAAAUUUGUGGGGUACCCUGGAGAUCCAGUAUACUGGUUUGGAAGAUUUCGCAAUGAGGAAUGUGAUCCUGGUGGCUGUCUUCUCGAGCUAACAACACAACUGACCAUUAUAAUAGGAGGCAAAGCUAUAUGGAAUAAUAUCCAGGAAAUUCUUGUGCCAUGGAUAAAAAACAUUAUUGUACGAUGUCGUUCUUCAGGGAUAGAAACAAUUAAGCCACGGUGGGAACAGGAUUACCAUUUACAACCCUUCGGAAAAUUGGGAUUGUUCUAUGAAUAUCUUGAGAUGGUUAUCCAGUUUGGAUUUGUUACCCUGUUUGUGGCGUCAUUUCCGCUCGCCCCUCUUUUGGCCCUUGUGAAUAAUUUAUUGGAAAUUCGUGUGGAUGCAUGGAAACUCACAACUCAGUUCCGCCGGAUGGUACCCGAAAAGGCGCAGCACAUUGGAGCCUGGCAGCCAAUCAUGCAAGGAGUAGCAAUACUUGCUGUGGUGUCAAAUGCUAUGAUUAUUGCCUUCACAUCAGAUAUGAUACCUCGAUUGGUUUAUUACUGGUCUUUCUCUGUACCACCCUAUGGUACACAUACUUCUUAUACCAUGCAAGGAUACAUUAAUAAUACACUUUCAGUCUUCAACAUAUCAGAUUUCAAAACUGAAAGCAGACCGGUUCCACCACCUUGGUUUGGCACUCAAACUACAUGCAGAUACCGUGAUUUCCGAUAUCCCCCAGGCCAUGAGCACCAGUAUGAGCACAGUAUAUUUUACUGGCAUGUUAUUGCUGCCAAACUCUCUUUUCUUAUUGUUAUGGAGCAUAUUGUCUACUUUGUCAAGUUCAUUAUAUCAUACAUAAUCCCAGAUGUUUCUGAUGAAAUCAAAGACAAAAUCAAGAGGGAGAAGUACCUCAUUCAGAAGCUUUUACACGAGAGGCACCUGAAAAAUACAAAAAAGCAAAUGGGAAGUUUGGCUGAGAAACUCCGGAAAGGCAUGGACAUCAUUGCUGUGAACAAAUCAGACUAGCUCUCUACGGGUCUAAGUUGCACAAGCCAAGUACAUUACAGAGUACAAUCAUUUGGUUAAGACCUUAUACAAUGCAAGUGUAUGGAAUGGUGUCCAAGAGGAAUACAUCUAUGCACUAAAUACUUCUCAAAUUAUUUCUUUACAAUGUAAUUUUUCAUUUAAAAAAUGUUUUCAAUCAUGGAAAAAAUAUCCUUAAAUAUUUUAUACUUGUAUUGCAUUGUGCUUACAGGUGCUGUACAAUAGCCAGUGUACCUUAAUGCGUGAUCAAUUCUGUUACCUGUUGUCCAGAAGGCUAAUAUUUCAUAUACUGAUGUUUGGAAGUGCCACUAUGAGGCUUAGGAUUGGUUCCCUAGUGGCCACCAAAGUAUUUGGGACUGUCCCAGCCACUUGCGUCCUCCCAACCUCCCUGAACACUGCCACUACCUGUAAGCGGCAUCCGUCCGAUAUAGGCAUAAUUUUGCACGUCAGAAAGAAUUGUUUAUAUUCACUGUUCAAAGUCAUGAUUUAUGUUUGCGUAACAUAAGGAUACCUGCAUGACCUUUGUGCCUUAAGCAGUGGACUAUUUGCAAUGAAAAGGGAAGAUAGUUAUAUUAUGAAAAGGAAAACCACUUUUUAGCUACAAAUAUUGCCUUAUAAGCCUUUUAUGAAGAAAUAUUCCUAUUGUCUGUGCCACUAUUUCAAUGUCCCAGCUGGAUCUGUGGCAUGACUCUGUACCUCUUCAACUAGCUUACACAUUUCCAAGCAGUGCCAAAUAUAAAUGAUAUAAAUGUAAUUCUGAACAUAAACAAUAUGGUAAGUUUUUUGUAAGCAUGUUGACUCGUGUUCCGUUAAUUGAAAAUCUCCAAGAUACCUUUAUGAACAAAUCUGAUUAAAAAAAUGCACCGAUUAAAUGAUAUCUUGAAAUUGUAGUCUAAGGGCUCAUACAUUCACCGCAGCUGGAACACCUAUGCAAACAGAGACCAUAAUUCCUAUAGUGAAAUGGAUGCUAAUACACAUUGGUAAUUAUCCAGAAGCUUUGUGGUACAUUAAUGAUACUUGUUCUGAUGACCUAGCUUGCGCUGAUCUUAGUACGAGCGCAUGUUGAUUUUAAGUACCAUUACUGAAACUUACAGGGGUACUGAGAAAUACAAAAACUGUGACUCUUUAGCCAUUUAACAUUUCAAUUUAUAUUGUAGUUUUGUGUAUUAUACUUAUAAAUAGUUAGAAGCAGAUACCAACUAAAAUGAGAACUAAUCGAAAAUGCAAAAAUAAUUUUUUCAUAUUCAUAUACAUAAAUCAGUUUCCGGCAUCUUUCAGUAGACAGGUGUGCGUAACAUUUAAAAAAAAUGAAAUGUCUCCAAAAGUACAAAUUAAUUUAUAUCCUCUAUUAGUUCCAACCUAAUUCUGAAGAAUUAUUACUUGAUCUAUUGCUUUAAUGUUCUAUUAGUAGGUGUUUCAUAUACUGUAAACACAGUUACAAGUAUUAGUGUAGGAUGCUGGUCAUUAAAUACAAGAAGACUUCCGGUUGUCCCUCUAUAAAUAUCCAAUAAAAAUCUGCAUUACUGCAAUAUUUACACAAGGUUGUUGUGACACUGAACCAGUGAAAACAGUUGCUGCAGUUAUUUCCUUGUGUGAAUGGGACUCUGGUAUCUUGCAUGAAAGAUCUAUUCACAUUUUACAUCCUUUCAUUUAUGGUAUAGCAUGCUGUAUAGUAAUAGAAUAUUUAUAUAUAAUUGCUAAUAUGUAAUGCAGUUUUAAAUAAAUUUAACCCAUGAUUAUUUUAAAUAGCUAUCUCAAUCAGAGCUCAUUUUCCUGUGAUCUUAAUAUUUAAUUAUAACCUCUUCAUGCUACAUUUAAUAGUUCUUUUCAGUAGACUUUUAUACAAUAGCAAGUUAAAUGCAUGUACACCAUGACCAUCCAAUUAUGUUACAUGGGGGCAGAUGUAUUAAGCCUGAAGAAGUGAUAAAG